AUGUUUUCGAUAGAAGUUUGCGUCUCUGUGUUCUGCUUUUAUUACUGGUGCUUGUUGGCUAUAGCUGCACCAAUCGUUUUGCUUAGAGCAUCUUUAUCCCACGUCUUUAACACGUCUCUUAUUUGGAGACUACAAGAGACGUAUGUUAUUAACACGUGUCUCCUUUUGAGACUUUGCUCUCCUUCUUCCCCGACUUCGCUCUUCUUCAAUUUCUCCCAAUUCGCAGCGAGAGAGAGAGAUGGUGCCGCCGGCAACGGAGCGGAGAAACAAAUCAUCAGACCCGGGACCGGUCCCAAACGUGCUCCGGAUCAAACCGUCACCGUUCACUGCACCGGAUUCGGGAAAGGUGGUGAUCUAUCCCAGCAGUUCUGGAGUACAAAGGACGCUGGGCAAAAGCCUUUCUCCUUCAUAGUCGGUAAAGGUGCUGUCAUCAAAGGCGUUAUCGGAAUGCAAAUUGGAGAGGUUGCUCGCUUACGGGUAUGUAGACUGCUCUUCUCAUCAUGCAAACAUAUUUGAUUGCUUCAUGAAUUCUAUUAGC